AUGGCGCUACAAUAUCCCCAAACCGGCACAACACCACCAUGGACACAAUCACGUAAUCAAGACGACACCGCAAUCGGCUUCCUGGACCUCCCGCGCGAACUCCGCGAUCUCGUCUACGACUUCGCCUUCCGCAUCCAAGGCGCCCUCCUCAUCUACACACGUGACCCGACAGCCGCGCGGCUCGUCGCCCGGGCAAUGAACAUCCAGCACGCCGGCCGCGGCCCCAGCGCCCCGCAACCCCUAGUCAACGGCGCACUCCCCGUCGCCCUACUCCGCACGUGCCGUCAGCUCAAUGCCGAAAGCAGUCCCAUCUUGUACUCUGCCAACGUCUUUUCCUCGUGGAACGCCCGGCUGCUCGAGCUGAGUCUUGCGCAUCGGAAUCUACUGGUCCGCCAUAUUGUUAUGGAGGCGAGUCCGAGGGGCAUCUUUGAUAGGAGUCUCGAACACGUAAAGUAUUGUUGGAAGAAUCGGUUUUGGCCCGAGAUUCUGAAGAGUGGGAAGGCGCUUUUGGAUUGCUUUCCGAAUCUUGAAUCUUUGACUUUUUCGCUGAAGCCGCCGAGGGGGGAUGAGCUGUGGCGACCUGGGUUUUUUGCUGUGGGCGGCAAUAAGACGAGGGAGCAGCGGGUGGGGAUUGUGGCGUUGUGGAUGAGUUUGGGUUGCUGUUGGGCCGAUGCGGAUCAGGGGUUGAAGGCGUGUUUGCAUUUGGAGAUGGGGAGGCAGCCGGCGAGGAUUGCGAGGGGCGAGUUUGUGGGGUCGAAGUUUGCGCCCGAGGAGGAGGAGGAUGAUGGGGUGUGGGAUUAUACCGAGUUUGCGGAUGCAUUUGAUAGGAUGAAGGGGUUUUGA